AUGUCCACCCCCAAGAAGAUCGAGAUGGUAAGGCUUCGGAAGACCCCACGUCGUCAGGGGUCCCAGCGCAGCAGCGCGGCAAUUCAGGUCCAGUCGUCACACCUGCUUUGUGCAUCUUCCACCGACAAUAUCGAGAUGGCAAAGCUUCGGAAGGGCCCACGUCGUCAGGGACGCCAGAGCUGCGCAGCGACUCAGGCUCAACCGUCAAACCCGCCUUGCGCAUCUACGGCACCGUGCGAGACCACACAGCGACUCAAGAAGGUCGAGGACAUGCUAGAAAGCUUGCGGCUUCGGCCCCAGGUGGAAGCGCCAGGUGGGUCUCACCAUAGGCAGCUUCUCCAAGCCCAGAUCGACCGGCUCGACGCAGAAGUUACUGAGCUGCGUGAGAAGCAUGCGUCUAAUCUCUAUGAUCUGACCACUGGUGUUGCCGCCCUUCAGCGAUGGACCGGCAACCAUGAGGAUAGCCUUGUGCUGCACGAGCGCUUCUUGGAGGAGUCGAACCAGCGGAUUCAGGUGCUGAGCAAGGGCAUCGAUGAUGCCAUGAUGCGCAUCGAGGAAAUCCGUUCAGUCGUACGUGACGGUGCUUGUCGUUGCUCCCAGCAAUACGCCAGUGUUGAGCAAUUGCACGAGCUGGAACACAAGAUGCUUGAUCGCCAAUUUGACAGCAUCUCAGCUGGCAAUCGUGUCAAUGAGAUGGUGCGUGAGAUGGCCACCAAGACCACCAAGACCAUCUCACGCCUUGAGGACCUCGAGACCCGCGUGAGCGCUACUAGUAAAGAGUUGUCUUAUAGCAUUGAAAACAUGGAGGGCAUUCAUCAUGAAGUCGUCGCCGUGCAGCAACACGUCGCACAGGCUUCCUUCACCGCCGAGGACAUGGCCCAGAACAUGCAGAACCAAAUUCGAGGCUUACAGCGACAGGUUUUGCAUCUGCGGGAUCUCGUGAACCAGCGAGACCAUGACAUGGUAGACCUCUCUCACGUUGGUUCUCCUCCAGCCUCUCCGAAGCGCAAGCGCUGCGCAGAUGAGUCGAUUGAUGAAGAAUGUGAUGAGCGCUCCUCUAAGCGUGACAGUCCCAUGGUCUGCGGUCUUCAAUGCAGUCUUCCGUUUUCUCCAAAGCGCAAGCGUGCGGAUGAGUCAGAUUACGAGGUCUGUGAUGAGCGCCCUUCUAAAUGUGCUCGUCCCAUGAUCUGUGGUCUUGAGGAAGCACGGUCGCCGUGUCCUUCAACAACGGACGAUCUUGUGGUUGCCCAGCUGCGACCCACGUGUGCCGACAUUGAAGCUGCGCGGGUCCAGCAAGCACAGUCAGCAUGCACGAACGACGCUUUGAAUCCUUGCAAUCCAAGCCAGGAGAAUCGAGAGCAUUCAUUUUGGAAUGUCGUGAACCAGGACCAGGUAAGUUGUGCCCCUCACCCCGAUGACAGGGUUGGAUGCGAGUAG